AAGCAGCGCAAGAGGUAACUUCAUAACAGAAUUUAGGCUUCAGAUUUUUUGACAAUCUCAGUGAUAUUUCAUUCUUUAAAGAUGUGAGCUUUCCCGUGAGUGACGUUUAGCGUCACUUAUAAAUGGUUACAAAAUGGCCUCACGAAUGGCAGCUGCGACCAACCUCGAUAAGUACCAGUGCAUGUUCACAUGGCACAAGGAAAUACCAUAUCCCAUCAGUUCUCAUUGGGUUGUGAACACAGUGGAAGACAAACUGAGCUGUUCUGAUUGCGAAUGGUCAUCGGUCGUGUAUCACCUUGUCUUAGCCUUUGAAAGUAGUCGGUUGGGUAAGCCUCCUGCUGCCCGAGACCAUCUUUUAGCCUGUGAAGAUAUAAUUUCACAAUCUCAAUGCUUCUUGAAAUCUGGCUUGAUUGACCGAAAUUUAGAUGGAAUAAAGCAUGUAUUAUACUCUACAUGGUUGCAUUUAGUUGACAAAUCAGAAUCGUUUGAUACUUUCAAAGACUAUAUGGCUGAAAUACCAAUCUAUAGAAAGAUGACGCCCAAACAGAAAGCUGGGGUUGUGGCACUUCAUGCUGCCUGCCUUAUGGAGUAUGGUGCUAAGGGAAAUAGACGUGCUGUGGAAACUAUCCAACAAGCAAUCAAGUACGAUGAACAUGAAGGUCACUGGCAUUUUCUCAAAGCAGAAGCUUUGCGCUAUGAAAGACUCCGAUGCAUAUCUAUUGAAGAGAGGCCUCCAUCAGAAGAGGAGCUAAAAAGUUUUCAACUAGCUCAUUUUUAUGAUGAACAUACACCCUCCCAUUUCAUUGGACUUGCCGCAUCUCUUUACGACUCAGUAAAGAAAGAAGUGGGUCCCUCAGAAAAGCGCGAAGAAUCUUCUCGACUUUACAAGACUGCCCUGGAGAGUUGGCCAAAUUCUGUGUAUGUCAACAUAAUGUGUACCAUUGGAGUUUUGACUUAUGAUUAUCGUGUGAGAGACACAAAAUUGGCUGACCGAACCCUUGGUAAAGCCUUGAGACUCGCCCCUCACAGCUCCAUUGUUAACAUCGUUGCUGGCAUUUUCUUCAAGUGGCCAAAUAGUAAUGAAAGAACUGCAACUCGCCACUUCAAUGUGGCCAAGAAGCGAUAUUCUUCUCUGGUAGACGACAUCACUAAUGGACAAUUCAAAAACUACCGAUAUGCUCUUAUGAGAGUGAUUUCAGAGGAAGCCCCCAUCGACAUCAUGUCUUUUCCAUCUAGCAACGGCAAUGCAAGUGGUGAUGACGACGACGAUGAUGAUGAUGAAGAAAUGUUUGAUGAUUACUUUUAUACCCAUGCCUUUUGAUUCAUUGAUGGCCGAUGAUGUACUGUUUUUUCAGUACUUCUGUCACAUCUUUCUUUUUAAGCAGUUAUGAAUAUACAGGGUGUUCACAGUAACUUUGGCCAAACAUCUGAAGGAGGUAGAACAUAAGACAAAAAAUUGUACUACCUCUUCCAGAAGAUUGGCCAAAGUUAUUGUGUACACCCUGUAUACAUUUUAAUGGAGAUCUUUGUUUGAAUUUAUGUAAAAAGUCCUUAAUAAACCAAGAAAAUCAA